GGAUCGACCGUAUUUAAACCGAAAACGAAAACUGUGAACUGCUUCGAGUUUGUGGAUUGGUUUUGGCAGUUUCACGGCGUCGUUCGACAUCCUUCUCCGUUAUUACUGAAAAGGCUUGAAAAUGGAAAUUGAAUCUGUAGCGGAAUUUUUGAGCUGUGUGGCGUUGCUUCAGAGAUUGCCGAGGUCUUCUGUCGAGAGGAUCGCACAGCUCGUUGCAGUUAAGAAUUAUGAUAGGGGUGAUUAUGUACUACGAGAAGGGGAAGCUGGGGAUGGAAUUUACUUCAUAUGGGAUGGGCAGGCUGAAGUCUGUGGUUCUGGCCAUGCUGAUGAAGAAAACCGUACUGAAUUUCAGUUGAAACAAUAUGAUUAUUUUGGUCAUGGCCUGGCAUCAUCAGCUCAGCAUGCUGAUGUAAUUGCACUCACUAAACUAACCUGCUUAGUGCUGCCUCAUGAAUAUAGUAGUCUGCUACAUCCAAAAUCAAUCUGGAAUGCUGACAAAUCAGUAGACAAUUGCUCCCUUGUGGAACACAUAUUGCAUUUGGAACCUAUAGAAGUGAAUAUUUUCCGAGGUAUCACAUUGCCUGAUGCUCCAAAAUUUGGUAAAGUAUUUGGAGGUCAAUUCAUGGGGCAGGCAUUAGCUGCAGCCACAAAAACAGUUGAUUGUCUCAAGAUUGUUCAUAGUUUGCAUGCCCACUUCCUUUUAGUUGGGGAUUUUGAUAUACCAAUAAUAUAUCAAGUUCACCGUGUGCGUGACGGGAAGAGCUUUGCAACCAGGAGGGUAGAUGCAAUACAGAAUGGGAAUGUUAUAUUCACUUUGGUUGCUUCAUUCCAGAAAGAAGAAGAAGGAUUUGAUCACCAGGAUGCAUUAAAGCCUAAUGUGCCAGAUCCAGAAACGCUUUUAUCAAUGGAAGAGAUACGCGAAAGACGUAUGACUGAUCCUCGUCUUCCCAGGACCUAUAGGAACAAGGUAGCUACUAGUAAAGUUGUUCCAUGGCCAAUAGAGAUUAGGUUCUGUGAUCCUAAUACUGCCACUAGCCAGACCAAGAGUCCUCCAAGUCUGAGAUACUGGUUUAGAGCCAAGGGAAAACUGUCUGAUGACCAAGCUUUGCACAGGUGUGUUGUGGCGUUUGCAUCAGAUCUUAUCUUUGCUAGUGUCAGUACGAACCCUCAUCGCAGGAAAGGCCUGAAGACUGCUUCUGUUAGUCUAGAUCACACGAUGUGGUUCCAUAGACCUCUUCGGGCUGAUGAUUGGAUAUUGUUUGUGAUCAAGAGCCCUUCUGCACACAAUGUACGCGGUUUUGUUUCCGGGCAAAUGUUUGACAGGAAAGGAACGCUUGUGGUAUCGCUUACUCAAGAGGCGUUACAGAGGAUGGCGAGGCCCCAUAAGCCCGUUGUCCAGUCCAAGCUGUAAAACUCGGUUUCAGCUACAGCUGAUGUACGCUGUGAGGAGAGUCGGGAAUGAAAUCGUUCACUUCUGAAAUACGUAUUCUUGAAAUAUUGAUCAGCACUUGUCAAAGAAACACGGUUAGUGCCACGGAUUUCUUGAUUUCAUUUUACACUUCAACUUCAUCAAACAUGAGCAUAUAAUGAAGGAAAUCAGUUCUUUCUGCCUAUUGUUUUUUAUUCUACUUUUAUACUGCGUUAUAUUGUGGACUAGUUGCUUUGUACACUAUGGAAAACAUAGAAUAUAUCGUGUAUCAGGCAUAUCUGGUAAGAGAUAAUAUUAUAAAUGCUCAUCAGAGUUGCAUUCUAUGUUCA